UUAGUCAGCACAGACCCAAUUCAAUGGCUUUCAUGCAUUUCAUGUGUGAUCUUUUUCUGACAAACUGAAUCCGAAUCUUUUGGUUUUGUCGGCUGACUUUGUGGUGUCAGACUUGGAGUUGUUUGGUGAAGGGACCAGUCUCCCUUUUUUAAGUUGGAGAUGUUUUUAGACAGUCAGGAUUCUUUUUAAUCUAAAUGUCACAUUAGUGAAAUACAGAAGCAGCUCCUGGUGAACUCAUAAACUAUGUGGACGUCUUUGAGUUUUGACCACUUAUGUGUGUCUAAUGUGGUCCGCUGAUGUUAAUCCAUUUCACUUUUACCUCAACAAGCGUCAGAGAAGGGCUGACGUCCCUAUACAUCUCCAACCCCCUCAUACUGUAUACCACACACACACACACACACACACCAUCAUCAUCAUCAUCAUCAUCCACCCACCUCAAUUUUGAUUUGACGAACGUCCGGGGUCACGAUCACGUCGCCCAGUCAGCCUAUAAAAGCAGCAGAAAGUUUUCCAAACACCCAGAGAAACGUGAAGUCAGCCUCUCACCAACAACAGACGACAAAACGCGCCGUUUUCAUUUGCGUUCAAAGCUCCAAGGCGGUUCCAGACAUGGAGAGGUCAGUCCGGUUUGCCGUGGUGUGUGUGGCGGUGUCUCUACUCGUCUCCUGCCAUCCAGUCGAAGCCUGGUACAAGCAGUCAACCGGGCCCAGUUACUACUCGGUGGGUCGUGCCUCCGGUUUGCUGUCCGGUAUCAGGAGGUCGCCGUACGUCCGGAGGUCCGAGUCCGAAGAGACGCUGAUGGACAGCGGGGAGACAGCAGGCCAUCUGCGUGAAGGACAUCUCUCCCAACCUGAGGAGCUGCGAGCUGCUGCGGGACGGGACGGGCACCUUCCAGUGCAAGGCGGACGUCUUCCUCACCCUGGACUCCCUGGACUGCCUGUCCGCGUGAGUCCCGGUCAGACCGGCAGAGACAGUCCUGGUCCUCCACCGAGCCCCGGGAGCGCUUCUGUGGAGACGAAAAGUGGAGGAAAGGAGUGAGGGAUGAAUGAGUGUGUGAGGGAUGGGGGGAGGGGGCGCGAAGGAAAACCCGAUCAUUGUCGAUGAUGGAGCGCUGCAGACUCUGAAUGUUCUCUUAUUUAAUACAACACAUUGUUCAGCUGUUGCUUUGGUUGCGUAGACAAGAAUAUUAAAGAAAAAAAAAAUGAGUAUGAGAGAUGUUAGUUGAAACCAUUUUCUUUCCACAUGACUUCCCACCUUUACUGUUUUACCCUGACAUGUACCCGCCGUUCCCAACGUGUAUUAAAUGUCCAGAAAGUUGACUGCAGAGCAGAUUUCCUGGAAAGUACUUUUUAUUUAUUUUAUCU